AUGUAUAAAAAAAAUGAUAAAACUAAAAGCAUUAUUCUACAAUAAAAAAUUAAAAGAGAUCUUUUUUUUUAUAAUAAUUUAAAUAUAAAGUAUGAAAAUAAUUUAUUUUAUAAUCUUUAUUUGAAUCAAAAAUAAAUUAAUAAUAGUCGAAAGAGUAGCAUUUUUUAAUUAAGGCUUAAAAUUGAACUUGUUUUCAGAGAUAAAAUUAAUUUCAAAUUGUUUAAUUUAUUUUCAUAAAAUUUUUAAUCAAUUGCCUUAAAUAAAUAAGUUUUAAGAAACUUUUUUAAAUAUUAAGAAUUUAGUUUUUUAAUUUAAAAAAUACAUUCAAAUUAAAAAAUGUUACGAUUGAUAAAAUUAAUUAAAAGCAAAAGAGGAAUUACAAUCGAAACUGGUCAUGUGAGGAAAUCAAUAGUCCAUUUUAAAUUUGACAUUAUAUUUUAUUAAGUAAACACUCAUUUAAGUUUUGUAAGAAAAAGUUAGUAAAUGAUUAAAACUAAUAAAGGGUGGUUGCUACUUAGUACCAAUACUAACACAUCAAAGCAUUUUAAUAUUCAAUGCAAUUUAUAUUAUAAAAUAAAUUAUCUGUAGUAAGUGUAGAAAUCAUCGAUUACAAUUGGUACUAAAUGGCAACUCAUUCACCCAUUUAAAUAAAGACUUUAAAUAUUUAAUCAAUUUUUUAAAUAUCUAAAAAAAUCCAAAAAUUAACUAAAAACUAUUAAUUUUUAAUUAUGUAAUAAAUUAGUCAUAUGUUGCAAAAAAAAUAAAAUGUAUAAUCAAUCUACUAUAAUAUAAAUCUUCUUACUAAUUAUUUCUCGUUCUUCUGAUAUAUAUGUAUUUAAAAUAUAAAAUAAUUAAAUAUAUAAGCAAAUAUACAUAAUAAUGACUUUAGAAAUAUUAUAAGCUAUUUAUAAUCAAUUAAACAUUUAUCAAUUAAUUAUAUAGAACAAAUUUUAAAUUCAAAUUAAGGUUCAUCAGAAUCUAAAAAUAGAAAGAAAUAAAUAAAAUUAGUAUUGA